AAUGAAAACGGGGAUAGCUGGGAAGGGAGAGAGUGCGUGUAAAGCGUGGACAGAGAUAGAGCGAGAAAGAAAAGACAGCACAAAGUAAGCUACGUUUAGAAACCUCCUCUUUUUCAUCAAAUAGACAGGAUGAAGUUCUCUGCUGACGUUAGCUCCUCUCGUAGAAAGAGUAGAAAGGCUCACUUCAAUGCUACCUCCGAUGUUCGUCGCACCAUCAUGAGUGCUCCUCUCUCCAAGGAACUCCGUGAAAAGCACAGCGUUCGUUCUAUUCCUGUCCGUAAGGACGACGAAGUCAUGGUUGUCCGUGGUACCUACAAGGGUCGUGAAGGUAAGAUUGUUCAAGUCUACCGUAAGAAGUGGGUUAUCCACAUCGACCGUGUCUCUCGCGAGAAGGUCAACGGUGCCACUGCCCCUAUUGGUAUCUCUCCCUCCAAGGUUGUUGUUACCAAGCUCAAGUUAGACAAGUCCCGUGUUGCUAUCCUUGAGCGUAAGGGUAAGAAGGAUGCCAUGAAGCAAGUAAGUGUACACACAAUAUAAAGCAUCAAUACUCAUUCUUAUAUACUAGUAAAUUGUUCUCAAGGUCUUUUUUUCUUAAACAAAAAAAAGAAAUAAAGUAUAUUCAUACCUGC